CUUUUCUCGACUACUUUCACUUGGCAAAAAUUACUCUCCACCAUAGUUAGCCUUGACCGUGAAUACAAUACAAACAAUCUGGAUUGAUUGCUUCAUGACGUCUGCUAUCGUGAGUGGAAGUGGCAGGAAAGGCCGCAAACGUUCUCGUCCAGCAGCGCCGUCUUUUGGUUGGAAGCCUGUUGAGGUGACAAUCGGCGAUGUCGUUCCUGCUGGAAGUGUAGACGUGACAAGCGACAAUGGUGAUGCGAUGGCCAGUAACCAUUACGACGACGAUUCUUUCGCCCAUCGCGCCAGUCGUGACCUUGAGGCUGAGCCUGGCGAGGGGGUUGGCAUGUUUUACGGCCUGGAGGUCAUUUCUGGGGAUCAAUACCGGAUGAUCACAACUCCACACAGCGAAGGGAGCGACCCCUCGUCUAUAACCCGUCUGCUUGUUGUGAAUUCUCCCGAUGUUACUACAAACAAUGUGGACAAAAACGUGCAGACAGUAAGGAAACAAGAAACUCCGGCAAGAAAUAAGUCCAAGAAGACGAAAAAGCAAGGUGAUACCGCGAGCCAAAAUCCCAAUUGUGCUCCCAGUGAGACGAGAUCCACCGAACCCUCGGCGACAGCCGGUCGCACAGUCGAAACUUGUAAACAUUCAAAAUCAGGCCCUGUUGAUCUAACCACAGCACGGAACGGAAAAAUAUCAAGCAAAGCGCUAGAGGACGAUCAGCAGUCUGAUACAGGCAGAAGUGUUGCGGAAGGUAGCCAAGGUCGGCAACGUUCCCAACAGCAAGCUCAAGCUAUGCAGGACGCUUGGCUGAUGCAGACGGGUGGGGUGUCAUUGGAUCUAGCUAUCUGUGAGGCGCUAGUUCUCCAAUCCUUCUGGACACCCACGCCGAUCCAAGCCGCAACUUUACCGGCCGCGAUUCUUGGACGACGAAAUGUAGUGGGCGCCGCCCCCACCGGAUCGGGAAAGACUCUAGCCUUUUUGCUACCCGUUGCACAAUUCUUACUGCAGAAGCAGGAGAGUAUGCAUAUCAAUGAUGAAGCAACAAAGGAUGAUUCAUUGCAGGCUCUCAUAGUAACACCGACAAGGGAGUUGGCCUUGCAAAUUCAUCGCGAAGCCGUUUCGUUGUUGAGUAGCAGCAUUAAGAAGAAUUCAGGGUGUGGUGUGCUGGUAGGCGGACUGGCUCACGCUAAGCAAUCUCGUGUACUGGCCUCUCUGUCUGCUUUUCUGCGCAUGCACUCGUCUAUCGAUGCUCGCGUGGAUGUCGGUGCCGACGCGGGUCUAAGAAGAAACAUUCGCCUAGAAAUUAGUCUGAGUUUGCGCAGCAAGCGUUCUUCUUUGAGAGACACAUUUAUCGACAAUUUGCACCUUUCGAGUGGCGAACACGCUCAUUUGAACGAUUUGUCGCGUGUUCGUUUUUUGAUUAUCGACGAAGCCGAUCGGAUGAUUCAGCAGGGCAGUUUUCCGCAAUUGGCAAGAAUUUUGGAUGCAGUCCAGAAGGCCAAUCCUACGGACGACGACGACGACGAGGAAGAGCUUGGUGAGGAAGGCACUGAUAUAACAGAAGAAGAUGGCGAUACAAAUCGUCUUUUCGGUUUACCUGGCAUUCCAGGAGAAGCCAAGGUGACUAUGUUGAACGCCAGCAUUCUUCAGCAAAUUGAAGAGGUAAAGAACGGAAGCAAGUCAGGACCGCCUGUGGUCGAGGAAAUAUGCAGUGGCGAAGAAGAUGUUGAGGCGGAAGGUUUUGAAGGGGGUUCAGAUGAUGGCUCCGACCCGAUCUCACUUCCUGGCCUACCACCCGUGUAUCGUCAAACGUUUGUCUACUCAGCUACCCUUACACUACCUUCGUCGGGUUCGGCGCUUCAGUCCAAGAAGAAAAAGAGGGCGAGGAGCAACAAAGACGUAGAUGGCGCCAUUGCUGAGAUUUUGGAAAAGUCUCGCGCCAAGGGAACAACGAAAGUAGUCGAUUUAUCCCACUUGGAUAAACGAGACAAGGCCAAAUCUGUACCGAUUACAGCUCAAACAGACGACAGAUCAAAAGCGAACGCUAUACCUGCUGGACCGGCAGGUCAGUUUCGACUGCCACCAGGCCUUACAUUACAGCAGAUUAAGUGCACGCAAAGACACAAAGACUCGCACCUGUACGCAUAUCUAUUGACGACCGACGCAGGUGCUUCCGGCCCUAGUCUUGUGUUUUGUAACUCAAUUGCGGCCGUAAGACGUGUUGGGGCCACGAUGCAGACACUUGGACUACAAGUGCGUGUCCUGCACGCCCAAAUGCAACAGCGUGCCCGCUUCAAGGCGAUUGAAUCUCUGAGGAACGGCAAAGAACGAACUGUCGUUGUAUGCACUGAUGUUGCAGCUCGUGGUUUGGACAUUCCUUCCGUCGCGAGUGUAGUUCAUUACGAUGUUGCACGAACAGUGGACUCCUUUGUGCAUCGAUCAGGUAGAACUGCGCGCGGAAUGGGUCCAGGCGCGGUAGGGUCGAGCCUGUCUCUGGUUGCACCUAGUGAGGAUCGGAUCCAUGGGAAAAUCGUUGAAUCGCUGCAAGCCAAGUUCGAGUCUGUGAAUCUUGAUGGUCGCUUGUUCAAGGCGGCACAGGAGCGCGUCAAUCUCGCAUGCAAGGUAGUUGAGACUGAAGAAACAGAGCGAAAGACACAACAGUCGAAUAAGUGGUUCUUAGACAAUGCAGAAGAGGCAGGAAUUGAGCUUGACGAGGACGUUUUUGAAGAGGGUCUUGCUGGCGGGGACAAGCGCGAUCGGGGUAGGCUUCGAGAGGGCCAACUCGCCAAAGAACGUUUACAGAAGCUUCUCGCCGAGCCUAUGCAGACGCAGCGAUUUUGCAAGUUUUUAUCUACGAGAACCACUUCCAAUCACCGAUCUAUUGCCCCCUCUCUACCUCAAGCCGGCGGAAAUCAGGCACGACGGAAUAAGAAAAGACGACGGAAUUGAAGUGAUGGCAAUCAGUUUUAGUAGUAGUCGUUUCCGAGCACAAAUCCUAACCGACAGAUGCCAGCAUGACACACAUUGUAAAUUAGAAAUCAGCCAGCGGCUUCUAACAUAAGAGGCUUUGUCAACGACUGGUAGACAACGUCCCGUAAUUGCCAAUACAUUCGAAUUGCGGCCACGGAGCGGUAUUGUAGUCAAAGAGGUCAAUUAUUUGCUUACUCAGACUAGUCUUUACAUUAAUUAGUGUU